AUGGCGGACCAUUUGAAGUUAUAUCUCUUCGGAGACCAGACCUACGAUCUUCAGACACACCUGAGAGACCUGCUUCAGAAGAGAAACAACCCCGUCGUCGAACAUUUUCUCGUCAAAUCCUAUGAUGCUGUACGUGCCGAGAUUUACAAGCUCCCGCCCGCUAUCAGGGAUGCUUAUCCGCGGUUUACAUGUGUCGAUGAUUUGAUAUUGUGGAACCAAAAUGGAAAGAGGCUCGUUCCUCUCGACAUGGCAGUCACUUCCAUCUAUCAGCUUGGAAUGUUCAUCAGUCAAUCCGACCCUGGGGACUUCUUCGCGGGCAAGGCUCUUGCGCUUGGUCUUUGCACUGGAUCUCUAGCAGCAGCAGCCGUAUCAUGCAGCCACAGCGUUGUGGACCUAGUCCCAUUGGCAGUCAAUGCUGUUGUGGUAGCUUUCAAGACCGGCGUGCUUGUCAAUGAAGUUGCCCACCGCGUGGCUUCCCCGGAAGAGUCGGUUCAGAGCUGGUCAGUCCUGAUCCCUGGCUCUAAGAGCUCUGAGGCCAUUCAUGAAUUCUGUGCGCAAACAGCUAUGCCAUUGACGAGCAAGCCGUAUAUCAGCGCCUACUCUCCCAACGGUAUCACCGUCAGUGGGCCACCCAAGUCCCUCGCACAGCUCAAGGAAUCGAAGCAGGGCAAGGAUCUGAUAUUCAAAGAGAUCCCCAUCUAUGCCCCAUACCAUGCGCCACAUCUGUAUUCUAUGCUCGACGUCGCCGACGUUAUUGGUGAACUUGCCUCCGACGAGGUUUCUCAGUGCUCAGAACAGGUUCCUCUAUUUUCAAGCACUGGAGACAAAGCCACCGGACGCAAUUUUGGGUCGCUCCUAGAGUCUGCUGUUAAGCAGAUCUUGCUGCAGACCAUUAGCUGGAGUGAUGUGCUCGGGGAACUUCAGGUUUAUCUUCAGAGGGCGACCCCACAGUCAUUUAGUGUUGUUCCUAUUGGAAGCACAGCUCACCAGUUGAUCUACACUGCACUGAAGCAGACGUCGCUACGGACCCUGGUGCCCUCUACCCAGGCUCAUGAUACAUCGGCUUGCGUUCCUACAAAUUUCAAUGCCUCCCAGGAGAAGUCUAAGUUGGCCAUCAUUGCCAUGUCAGGGCGCUUCCCUGGUGCUAAAGACAACGAGGCAUUCUGGGACGUUCUAUACCAGGGCCUGGACAUGCACAAGCCAGUCCCAGCUUCUCACUGGGAUGUCAACACACACGUCGACCCCACUGGAAAGACCAAGAAUACUAGCGCAUCGCCAUUUGGUUGCUGGCUUGAUGAUCCGGCUGGAUUUGACGCGCGCUUUUUCAACAUCUCUCCGCGCGAGGCGCCUCAGAUCGAUCCCGCCCAACGACUGGCCCUGAUGACUGCGUACGAAGCAAUCGAACAAGCUGGACUUGUUCCAGAUGCUACUUCCUCGACCCGACGUGAUCGUGUUGGUGUCUUCUACGGCGUUACCAGUAACGAUUGGAUGGAGACGAAUAGUGCACAGAACAUUGAUACAUAUUUCAUCCCCGGUGGAAACCGAGCAUUUAUUCCCGGCCGGAUCAACUACUGUUUCAAGUUCAGUGGCCCUAGUUACGCAGUGGACACCGCCUGCUCAUCCAGCCUGGCUGGUAUCCACCUGGCGUGUAACUCGCUUUGGAGAGGAGACAUUGAUACUGCUAUCGCCGGCGGGACUAAUGUUCUGACUAACCCAGAUUUCACUUCUGGUCUUGACCGGGGUCACUUCCUUUCGCGAACUGGAAACUGCAAGACUUUCGACGAUGAGGCCGACGGCUACUGCCGUGGUGAGGGUAUUGGAACAGUCAUCAUCAAGCGGCUUGACGACGCCAUCGUCGACAAGGACCCUAUUCUCGGUGUCAUCCUCGGCGCUUCCACAAACCAUUCUGCCGAGUCGGAGUCGAUUACCCGGCCUCACUCUGGAGCCCAGCGCGCAAUCUUCAAAAAGAUUCUGAACCAAGCCGCUGUGGACCCGUAUAGCGUUAGCUAUGUGGAAAUGCACGGAACAGGUACUCAAGCGGGUGAUGCCGGCGAAAUGACCAGUGUUUUGGACACCUUUGCCCCGGCGCUCUCGGAGGUCCCCAAGGGCCGGACAGAGGAGCAAGCUCUCUACUUGGGCUCAGCAAAGGCAAACAUUGGCCAUGGCGAGGCGGCCUCCGGUGUCUCGGCCCUGAUCAAAGUGCUCCUGAUGAUGCAGAAGAACAUGAUUGUCCCGCACUGUGGAAUCAAGACCAAGAUCAAUUCCAAGUUCCCGACCGAUCUCGCAGAGCGAAAUGUCAAUAUCGCUCUGGAACCAAUGGCGUGGGAGAGAAGUACCGACCCUUCCAAGCCUCGCCGCGUCUUCGUGAACAACUUCAGCGCGGCUGGCGGCAACUCAGCACUCUUGAUUGAAGACGCCCCAGUCCAGGAGCAGCUGCCCGUUGCCACUGUUGAUCCCAAAACUGUGCAUCUAGUCGCCGUGUCGGCUAAAGCCGGAAAUUCUCUCCAGGGCAACCUGCGCUCUCUCCUUGCCUACCUGAAGCAGAACCCUGAAGUCUCUUUGGGUGAGCUUUCAUACACUACCACAGCCCGUCGAAUGCAUCAUAAACACCGUGUCAUGCUUGCUGGCUCAAAUAUGACUAAUAUCUGUACUCAGAUCGAGACUGCACUUCAGGAUAACCUAGGAAUGACCCGGCCAAAGAGUACCCCAAAGGUGGUGUUCACCUUCACUGGCCAGGGCGCGCAGUACCCGGGAAUGGGCAAGGACUUGUGUGAAACCUUCUCUCUCUUCCGCACUGAGAUAGCCCGACUCGACCAGAUCGCGCAGCGUCUGGGAUUCCCGUCUUUCUUGCCUGUCAUCCAGUCUGAUGAGACAGACAUCGGUAUCUUUGACCCGACUGCUGUCCAGCUGGCCAGCGUCUGCAUGCAGAUCGCGCUUAGCAAACUAUGGGCAUCGUGGAACAUUUUCCCCACUGCUGUUGUCGGCCAUAGUCUCGGCGAGUACGCUGCUCUGAAUGUCGCAGGGGUGCUCUUGGAUGCAGACACCAUCUAUCUCGUUGGAAAGCGGGCCGAGAUGCUUCAGGAGAAGUGCACGCGCGACACUCAUGCCAUGCUUGUCGUUCGGGGGUCAGUAAAUGAGAUUGCCGAAGUCCUCAAAGAUCAAGACUACGAGACGGCCUGCAUCAACUCCCCCGUUGAGACUGUACUUGCUGGAACAAAGGAAAGUGUACUUACCUCCAAGGAAGCCCUUACCGAUGCCAGCAUGAGGUCCACUCUGCUGAAGGUCCCCUAUGCCUUCCACUCCUCGCAGAUCGAUCCCAUUAUGGCCGAUUUCGCGGAGGUCGCCAAGGGCGUGACAUUCUUCAAGUCCAAGAUCCCAGUUCUGUGUCCAUUGGAGGGAACUGUGGCUACAGAAAACGAGUUCAACCCUGCCUAUCUUUCUCUUCAUGCCCGCAAACCCGUCAACAUGUUCAAAGCGCUCCAGGCUGGCUACAGCAGCGGUCUUCUGACGGAGCAAACUAUAACAGUCGAGAUUGGUCCUCACCCGGCCAUCUCUGGCAUGGUUAAGGCUGUUCUAGGAUCGCAGAUGAUCACUCUUGCUUCUGCGCAGCGCGCUCAUUCAGUGUCGCAGGUCCUCACGACCGCACUGAAGACUCUUUAUACCGCAGGUGCCGAUGUCAAUUGGGCUGAUUACCAGCGUGACUUCAAGUGCUUCCACAGGGUUCUUCGUAUUCCGGCGUACAGCUGGGAUCUGAAGGAAUUCUGGUUGCAGUAUGUGAAUGACUGGUCGCUGCGCAAGGGUGAUCCGCCUAUGACAAUUACUGCUGGGCCAAGCCUGGAAAGCACAACAAUCCAUCGCAUCGUGGAUGAGUCUGGCGACUCAACCAAGACUAAGAUUGUCGUUGAGGCUGAUAUCGCACGCAAGGAUCUCAGCCCGCUGGUCCAGGGCCAUGAAGUUGAUGGAAUUCCUCUCUGCACGCCAUCGGUCUAUGCGGAUAUUGCCUUGACCCUGGGUACCUAUCUUCUCAACCGUUACCAUCCCACCCAAGAGGACAAUCUGGUCGACGUGUCGGACAUGACUAUCUCGAAGGCUCUGAUCCUAAAGGAUGGAGCAACAGAGCAGCUUCUCCAGGCCCACGGUGAGGCGGAUUGGGCGUCUCAAACCGUACUGGUCAAAUUCAUGUCAUUCGACAGCAAGGGCAAGCUUCAGGAGCACUCCCGCUGCGUGAUCCGAUUCAAGAACCGCAGUCUUCAGAAGUCUCUCCAGAAUGCCGCCGGCGAAGUCAAAGCCAAGAUGCAAGCUUUGCGUGAUGGUAUCGCUCGUGAGACAGUUGCCCGUUUCAACCGUCCCAUGGUAUAUCGCGCUAUCCGUCCUCUCGCUCGCUUCCACGACGACUACCGAGCCAUUGAUGAGGUCGUGCUCAACAGCUCCACCUUGGAGGCUUCGUCGCGUCUCAGUUAUGGCACUGUCAAGAGAGGUGGUCAAUAUCACACUCAUCCCGCUAUUAUUGACUCCCUCACACAGUCCUGCGGUUUUACCAUGAACUGCAAUGACCGCACAGACCUCGACAACGAGGUUUUCAUGAACCAUGGCUGGGGCUCGCUCCAGAUCUUUGAGCCCAUUGACUUUGACAAGUCAUACACCACCUACACCCGCAUGGAGGAAGGCGCGGAUAAGUUGUGGCAUGGUGACGUUGUCAUUUUUGACGGUGAUAAAGUCGUUGCUUUCUUCGGAAAAAUCUCGAUCCAAGGCGUUCCCCGCCGAGUGUUGAAGGUUAUCCUGUCUCUUGAGAGCGGCGUCAAGUCACAGAAGCCGCAGCAGCCAGCUAAGGCAAAGCCAGCUUCUACUGGUGCUCCUGCUUCUAUUGCAGCUAGUGCCCCUGCGCCCAAGGCCUCUCAAUUCUUAGCAGCCUUGGUGAUUAUUGCGGAUGAGAGUGGACUCUCUAUCGAUGACUUGUCAGAUAGUACUGUUUUCGGUGAUGUUGGUAUCGAUUCCCUUUUAGGUCUCACUAUCUCAGCCCGCUUCAAGGAGGAGCUCGAUCUUGACCUUGACUUCAAUGCCUUUUUCUUCGAAUAUCCGGCCGUUGGUGAUCUCAAGAGACUUUUGGGCGGAUCCAGCUCUGGCCCCACGGCUCAUCACUCUCCAUCCUCAACUGUGUCUAGUGAUGCCGGUAUGGACACACCCGUCAGCAUAGGAACAGGUGCCACCACCCCUGUUCUAUGCGAGAACAAGGUUGACAUGAAGCGUGCGCUGGAGAUCAUUUCCGAAGAAAGUGGUGUUGCCAUGGAUGAGCUUACUGAUGACACCAACUUCGCUGACUCUGGUGUGGACUCUCUCUUGUCUCUCGUUAUCGUGAGUCGCUUCCGCGAGGAGCUGGAUUUGGAUAUUCAACACGAGUCCCUCUUCCUUGAAUGCCCCACUGUGGCCGAUCUGAGACAGCUGUUGGUGGGCGAUGCUACCAUCAAUGAGCCUGUUCUAGAACAGUCAUCAGCCCCUGUACCUCAAAUCCAGCAGACGAUUGAGCCCAUCGUCACAGAUGAGCAUCCUGAGCUUGACCCAAUUGCACUGGCUGUUCGGAGAAAGAUAGUUAUUGAGUAUGUGGACAAGUACACUGCUGGCUUUUCUGUCGCUAGCCCUUCGCCCUCAGCCAUCGCACCAUCGGCCAACGAGAAGGUUGUCCUGGUAACUGGAGCAUCCGGUAGCCUGGGAAGCAACCUUGUUUACCAUCUGGCUCAACUUCCAGACGUGGCAAAGAUUGUCUGUCUCAACCGCGAAAAUCGAGUUGAGCCCGAAAUUCGCCAGCAAAAGGCUAUGCGGGGGAAGGGAAUACGAUUCCCAGAAGCGCUCAAACAUAAGCUCGUUGUGCUGCAGACCGACAGCGCUAAGCCCAUGUUUGGACUGGAAAAAAGUCAGUACGACAACCUUACUGGCUCUGUCACUCACUUGAUACACCAAGCGUGGCCCAUGAGUGCCAAGCGUGCGCUUUCUGGGUUCGAGUCGCAGUUCCAAGUCAUGCGCAAUCUGAUCAAUUUCGCAUGUGACAGCAGCUCCCAGCGUCCUGCCUCCUUCAAGUUCAGCUUCCAGAUGGUUUCCUCCGUCGGUGUCGUGGGUCACUACCGCCUUGGUGACAAGGAGGAAAGAAUUAUGGUUCCAGAAGAGAGUGUCGAUAUCGACAGUGUCUUGACCAAUGGCUACGGAGAGGCCAAAUGGGGCUGUGAGCUGAUGCUGAGCCGUACUAUCCAGCAAUACCCCGAUCAAUUCCGCACAAUGAUCGUCCGUUUGGGACAAAUUGCUGGAUCCAGUACCAGCGGCUACUGGAAUCCCAUGGAGCAUUUUGGAUUCCUGAUCAAGUCGUCCCAGACUCUCAACGCCCUGCCCGAUGCACCUGGGACGGUUUUCUGGACCUCGGUGAAUGAAAUUGCCGGCACUUUGUCUGAUCUUGUCCUGGCCGAUAACAAUCCUCAUCCAAUUUACCACAUUGAGAAUCCGGUUGGCCAGCCCUGGAAAGAGGUUAAUGCCAUCUUGGCUGAUGCUUUGGGCAUCAAGAACCUGAUUCCAUUCGAGGAAUGGGUUGCGCGCGUGAAGGCUGCGCCCCAGCGCAAUAACCCUGCUUCCACCCUGUUGGAGUUCUUGGAUAGUAACUACCUCCGUAUGUCCUGUGGUGGACUUGUUCUGGAUGUUAAAAACACACUGGAGCAUUCCAAGACUCUCGCCGCUGUGGGACCUGUGAGUGAGGAGGUUGUGAGAAAGUAUAUUCAUAUCUGGAAGGAGAUUGGCUUUUUGAGCUCAUGA